GUCAGAGGCAACGCCGGGCGUCGUGUCGGGACAAACCGAGUUGAUAAGAAUACGUAUGUUGAAAAUGUGGAUUUGGAAGUGGUCGGCGGCCUUCUGCUCAGUGUGCAGUUGACGAUCGUGGAGAAAACAGCCAGCUUCAUGGCGAUGGGUGAUUUUUUCGGCAAAACCCUUUUUGGGAGCGUGUUGUUGAUAGUUUUUUCGCUGGUGCAGUUUGGAGAGUUUGCCCGUGAUCCAACUUCUUUCCACUUUCCGGACGUAGCUCAGAUGGAGUUGAGCGAUGUUCUGAACAAGGACUGUGGCUGUACGGCAUUCGGUGAGGAUCGGGAUCGUCCGUUGGAGGGCCGCCUUCAGGAAUCGCCCUGGUUGGUACUGUUCUAUUAUCCGGAAGAACAGAUACACUUUUGUCACGGGACGUUGAUCACGACGAAGCACGUUCUAACGUCGGCAGUUUGCGCCAUGAAUAUAGUACCAGACGAGACCUUAAUUAGUUUGGGUGAGUACGAUGUGGGCACGGAUCAGGACUGCGAGCAGGUUAAAUGCUCCGAUCCGAUACAGCAGCGGAAGCCUAGUAAAGUCAUCCAGCAUGAGAUGUACAAUUCGGAAACCUUCGAGAAUGAUCUGGCUAUCGUGGUGUUGGAUCAGGAUGCCCUACUGAGCGAUUCGGUCAAACCCAUCUGCCUGCCGUUGAUCAAGUUCGAAAUCGGCAAAGUGAAUCUACCGAACGUGUACAACGCUCUGUGGGCCAAUCAGUCCCGGCCCCAGCAGUACUGGAUGCGCUACGUCGAACUGGAGAAGUGCCGUGACAUGGUGGACAACCUGUUAACUUUGACCGAGGGCCAGAUUUGCGCCAGCAGCUAUCGAAACCAAACCAUCGAUAUGAUAGGCGGGGCGGGAUCGGCCUUGGAGGUCGAAUACCACAAUCGGAUGUAUCAGGUGGCGAUGCUGUCGAUUGGGAUUCAGGACGCGGAACCGGGAACGCCCUUUGUGUACGUCGAUAUUCCCAAGUAUGUUAAGUGGAUUCACGAUACUGUGAAGGCUAACUGAAUUGACGAGGCGAGUGAUAUUAUAACUGUUGAUACUAAUAAAAACAAAUAAUAUGAA